UUACCACUAAAAUAUAAUUUAUUUUGAUAAUCGGAAAAAUUAACUGAAACAAAAACCCUAAUUUCUCGUAAAACCCAUUAAAUCCAGCAAGAGAGAGAACCAGUGUGAGUUCCAGAGGAAAUUCCGGCUUAAAAAGCUAAGCCAAAAAUAAGCUUGAGUUCUCAUAUAAAUCACCAAGCAGCUUCUGGCUUUUUCCUUCAUCGAUCAAAAAGUAGAAGAAACACUGAGAAAAAGCCAAAACACAAAGUAGAAACAAGAGUAAUUAAAGGAAAAAAAAUAUGGCCAACAAGCUUGUAGCAGUGUUUCUCAUGUGCGUCGUCGUCGUCGCCGCCGUCCACCUCAGCCCGGUCGCCGCCGAUGAAAAGGCCAGCGCCAUCUGGAAGGAUUGCUUCAAACAUUGCGAGAAGGAUUGUCUUCAUGCCGGCACUGGUUACACCAAUUGCGAGAUGAAAUGCGAUUCUGAAUGCGACGCCAGAGAAAUUGCCGCGAAACUCGGCUACGCGAAUUAAUUGAUCGAGCAAAAUAACAAGCACGAAUAUCGUAUCUUGAGAGGGAAGAAAAA